CUUUGUUGAUUUCUAUCCCCCUUUUCUUCCGUGGAAAUUAAGUCAUUAACAAAUCUGUGCAGAGCCCUGCAAGAUGUGAUGUGCUAGGAGAGAGCUGAGCAUUAAAGCACUUUUAUUAGUGCCUAAGGGGAAAAAAACAGACGAAAAAAAGUCUGCAGACACAGCUAGCGCCCAGUCAUCUUUGUGGUGCACAAGCCUGAGGUCAGGAAAGAUUUUAUGCACACCUAAGUUUAAGCUUCAGUGGUUUUCUUCGCACACUGGAGUUAUUUCCCAGAACAUGACUGUGCCAGCUUAUUUCUGAGAGGGUUUUCUUGGCAGAAAGCACAAGGCGCUGUCAGUGCAGCUACAGGAAUGGGCAAGGCUGCACCCCUUACUGACUCCAAUCCUAUUUUUUUUUCAGUUCAGAUUGAUUUGCCACCCACCAUGCACAUCUCCAGAGGGCUCCCAGGCCUCUACACAGCUGUACAGAUGCAUCUGCACUGGGGUGGCCUGGACCUGGAGACCAGCGGCUCCGAACACACCAUAGACGGGAUGAGAUACUUUGCAGAGCUGCACAUUGUCCAUUACAACUCAGCUGACUACGCAAGCUUUGAAGAAGCCAAAGACAAACCAAACGGAUUGGCUGUGCUCGCCUUCCUGUAUGCGGAUGGACACUUCGAGAAUACCUACUACAGUGAAUUCAUUUCCAAACUGGCAAAAAUCAGGUUUGCAGGUCAAUCAACAAAGCUCUUCUCUCUGGAUGUCCAAGCCAUGCUGCCAGAAAACCUCUCACACUUCUACAGGUACCAGGGCUCACUAACAACCCCGCCUUGCUCCGAGAGCGUGAUCUGGACCAUCUUUCAUUCUCCCAUUGUCCUGUCACACACGCAGAUCAGCCUCCUGGAGAACACCUUGCUGGACUGGCAAAACAGGACGCUGCGCAACGACUACCGGCACGCUCAGCCCCUCAACGGGCGGGUGGUGGAGUCCUCCUUCAGCGCCAAACUCACCCGAGAACAAUGCCAUCCAGAAGAAUUCAGCCUCAGGCUGGAACAAAUCCAGAUGCAGCUCCAAGACGUGAAGAGAGAGUUGCUGAAUGGAGUGAGCCACACAGGUAUUAAAUCCAGCACUUUUCCAGCUUUCUACUUCCCUGUGGAAAACAUUGAGAGUUUUGUCCACGUUCAUCCUCGCCAUGAUAUGUCUCUCCAAGCCUUCACCUUAUGUUUCUGGACAAAAGCCCAGCACACUGGCACUCAGACUGUUCUUUCCUACUCCACACAGGAGAGGGAUAACGAGCUAGUGAUGACCGUAGGCACAGAUGUGGGACUAUGGAUAGGAGGCCAUUUCAUCAGCUUCCCCCUGUACCACAAGGCACAAGACUGGCUGCACUACUGCAUGGCAUGGGCCUCCCAGUCUGGAAUGGCAAAUUUAUGGCUCAAUGGAGCAGCUGGUAAAGCAAAGAGUAUCCAGAAGGGGUACGUGAGCCAGGCUGGAGGGACACUUGUCCUUGGGAAAGAUAGAGACACUCUUCUUGGGACGUUCUCCAAUGGUUUUGCAGGAUGGAUGACUCAUGUGAACCUGUGGAGCCAAGUUCUCAGUCCUGCAGAUGUUCGGGCACUUGCACUGUGCAAACCAGGGCAACUGAAGGGAGAUAUCAUAGCAUGGGGAGAAACCUCCAUGACCCUCUUGGGAGGGGUGGUUCUGGAGUCUGACACCAGCUGUCAGUGA